AUGGCUUCCUUGGACACCAAAACCCCUGUGCAAACCACAGACAUAGCCCUCUCCAAAGAUGACUCGCCCCCAGAUGCAGAUAUCGAUCCUCGCGCAGAGCGUGCCCUGGUCUGGAAGUUUGAUCUCCGCGUUCUCCCCGUGCUGGCCGUCAUGUAUCUCUUCAACAGUCUCGACAAGUCGAAUCUGGGGAACGCGAAGACCGCUGGGUUGGAGGAGACGCUCCAUCUCAAGGGAAACCAGUACAACAUGAUUCUCAGCAUCUUCUUUAUCCCAUACGUCCUGACGGCACCGUUCCUGGGUAUCCUGGGCAAAAAGUACGGUCCUAACCGCGUGCUGCCGUGUAUGAUGUUUGUUUUUGGGUUGUGUACAGUCCUUGUUGUCGCGGUGUUCAAUUUUGGAGGCCUGUUGGCGAUUCGCUGGUUCCUGGGGAUGGCGGAGAGUGCGUUCUUUCCGUUGGUUAUUUACUAUCUCACCACAUUCUACCGUCGUGGAGAACUAGCCCGCCGUCUCGCCAUCUUCUACGCAGCGCAGAGCAUCGCCUCUGCCUUCUCCGGACUACUCGCGUUUGGCGUUUUCCGGAUUCAAUCCGGCCCGCUGGCAUCAUGGCGCUACCUCUUCCUCAUCGAGGGAGGAGGAACAAUCCUCGUGGCGAUCUUCACGCUGUGGUACCUCCCUCGCUCUGCAGCGCAUGCAUCCUUCCUCACCCCACAGGAAAAGGAGCUCGCAUACCUCCGCCUCCAGCGCGACAGUUCAGCCAUCGUCGAUGAGAAGCUCAACCUGCGCGACGCGUUCAAGAUCUUCCGGCAUGGCACAUCGUGGCUCAUCCUAGCUAUCCAGAUCUGUCUCGGCGUCCCGCUGCAGUCAGUACAGCUCUUUCUCCCGGCUAUCAUCAAACGACUCGGAUACGACACCGUCAAGACGAACCUGUACACCGUCGCGCCGAACGUCUCCGGCGCAGUGAUGCUGCUCAUCCUCGCCUUCUGCAGCGACUGGACCCGCUGGCGCUUCCCAUUCGUGGCGCUGGGCUUCCUCUUCACCUUCGUCGGGUUCGUCAUCUACGCGGCGAUUGGCGUCGAGCGGGACAUCAACGUCGCGUACUUUGCCUCGUUUAUGAUGACUUGGGGUACCUCCGCGCCUUCCGUCCUCCUGGACGUCUGGUACAACAACAACAUCGCGAACGAGGGCCGCCGCGUCGUCCUGACGAGUAUCGCUGUCCCCGUGGCUAAUCUCAUGGGCGUCGUCAGCUCGAAUAUCUUCCGCAAUCAGGACGCCCCGCGGUAUAUGCCUGCGCUUAUCACGACGGCGUCGUUUGGGGGCGCGGGGAUUGUGUUGACGCUGUUGCUGGGUGGGUGGAUGAUGAUGGAUAAUGCGCGGAGGGACCGUAUCCAGGGGAGAAAGGUUCGGGCGCAGGACGUCUCGACGGAGAGGUUACAUGAUGGGCCGGACAGUCCUGAUUUCCGGUGGUCGUAUUAG